GAUUUCAGCACCACGCCUCUCUGGACAGCUCCUAUAACAGCACCUGUCUCUCUCUCUCAGUGGAAGUGUGUCUCUGGAAUACCAGCUCAAAGAUUCCUCAAACAGGCUUCCCAUUUCACCUGUGAGCCAUGGCUGAGAGAAGACUCCUUCCCCAGGAGGAUGACCAGGGUUCCCUGCUGUCCAGACUGGGCACCGACAGUCCUAAACCCCGGGUGAAGUUCGGAGGGAUGUUCUGCAACAUCGAAGGAGCUUUCGAGAACAAGACCUUGAAUUUUGAGUCGUACAGCCCCAGUUCUGCCAGGAGAAACCCUCGGGGACGAGUGGACGAUCAGAGGGACAAUUUCAGCGACACGUCGAGCAUGAGUGACUUCAGCAGCGUGAGUCAAACGCAGCCCACCCCGUCCAGCAGCUCACAGGGUCAGACCCUCGUUUACCCCACCGGACCCGGUCGCGCGCAGGACGGGCGACGAGAGGGUGAUAAACUCAUUAUUAAAGGUGGGAAAAUCGUAAAUGAUGACCAGUCAUUUUAUGCCGACAUUUACAUUGAAGAUGGAACCAUUAAGCAGAUUGGUGAGAACCUCAUCGUACCAACUGGUGUGAAGACAGUGGAUGCCUACGGGCACAUUGUGAUCCCGGGAGGCAUCGAUGUGAACACCUGUCUACAGGCCCCUCACCUGGGCAUGACCCCGGCAGACGACUUCUAUCAUGGCACCAGAGCUGCUCUAGCGGGAGGAACCACCAUGAUCAUUGACCAUGCUGUACCUGAACCGGGAGCUAGUUUACUGGCAGCGUAUGACCAGUGGAGGGAUAUGGCAGACAAGAGGUCGUGCUGUGAUUACUCUCUGCACAUUGACAUCACUCGCUGGCAUGAUGGGCUGUUUGAGGAGCUGGAGUCUCUGGUCAAAGAUAAAGGUGUCAACUCCUUCCUGAUCUUUAUGGCUUAUAAGGACAAGUAUCAGAGCUCUGAUACACAGAUCUAUGAGAUGUUUAGUGCCAUGAGGGAACUGGGUGCCAUCGCACAGGUUCAUGCUGAAAACGGUGACAUCAUUGAGGAGGAGCAGAAUAAGCUUUUGGAUCUGGGAAUCACUGGCCCAGAAGGACACGUCCUGAGCCACCCGGAGGAGGUGGAGACUGAGGCUGUGUAUCGAGCUAUCACCAUUGCUAAACAGGCCAACUGCCCUCUCUACAUCACAAAGGUGAUGAGCAAAGCAGCUGCUGAUGUCAUUGCCAAGGCCAGGAAAAAGGGCAUGGUCAUCUACGGAGAGCCAAUAGCAGCCGGCCUGGGCGCGGACGGAUCGCACUACUGGAGCAAAGACUGGGCCAAAGCUGCUGCAUUUGUCAUGUCUCCUCCGCUCAGCCCCGAUACGAGCACGCCGGAUUACCUCAGCUCACUGCUGUCCUGUGGGGAUCUUCAGCUGACAGCCAGCGCUCACUGCACCUUCACCACGGCACAGAAAGCUGUUGGAAAGGACAACUUCACCCUCAUCCCAGAGGGGACCAACGGCAUCGAGGAGCGUAUGAGCAUCGUCUGGGACAAAGCUGUGGCAACAGGUAAAAUGGACGAGAAUGAUUUUGUUGCAGUAACGAGUACAAACGCUGCGAAAAUCUUCAACCUGUAUCCUCGGAAAGGCCGAAUCGCUGUUGGAUCUGAUGCUGACAUUGUUAUCUGGAACACAAAGGAGACGAAAAUCUUCUCUGCCAAAUCUCACAACCUGACCGUGGAGGUGAAUAUCUUUGAGGGAAUGGAGUGCCGAGGUUUCCCUGUGGUGGUCAUCAGUCAGGGCAGGAUCGUUCUGGAGGACGGGAAACUCAAUGUGACAGAGGGGUCAGGCCGCUUCAUCCCCAGAAAAGCCUAUCCAGACUUUGUCUUCAAGAGAAUCAAGGCCCGAGGCAGGAUGGCUGAUGCUCGUGGUGUUCCUAGAGGAAACUAUGAUGGCCCCGUUCAUGAUGUCAUCAGUAUGACCAAAUCUGUGCCAGCCACUCCCACCACUAGAGGGCCCUCAUGUCCAGGAAAGACCCCAGGGGGACCAGCUAGAAAUCUGCACCAAUCUGGGUUCACUUUAUCUGGCACUCAAAUGGACGACCACAUCCCUAGGCGUACGGCACAGAAGAUCGUAGCGCCACCUGGAGGCCGUUCCAAUAUCACAUCCCUCUCAUGAACCUCGUCCACCAGGGGAUCCAACAGCAGCCGUUUCGCCUUCUCCGGCUUCCAGUUUUAUAUUACCUGAAUCAUGCAAAUAUUAAUCCCAAUAAACCCAUACACUGCCAACCCAAUAGGCUAUGCAGCAACUCAACCCAGUAGGCUAUGCAGCAACUCACUAUAGCUUUCCAUGAAUUCAUAUUCACUAUAUAAUCUGCCUCUCCUCUGGUCAGACUCACUCAUAAUGUAGCAUGCUCUUU